AUUUGGGUUAUCAUUCUAUUCCUCUGGCUCCUCUGUUCACUGCUAGCCUAUCGCACAGCUCUCUCUCUCUCUCUCUCUCUAGUUUGCAUCCUUCAGGUAUAAGUAGAGAGGGAAAAGAGAGAUUCCGUGCGGGAAGGAUUUCGAAAAUGGUGAUGUGGGUAUUUGGGUAUGGCUCUCUUAUAUGGAAAACCGGCUUUAAGUACGAUGAAAGCCUUGUGGGUUUCAUCAAAGGCUAUCGCCGUGUCUUCUAUCAAGGCAGUACCGACCACAGAGGAACACCAGAGUACCCAGGACGUACGGUGACAUUGGAGCCUGCAGAUGGGGAAGUCUGUUGGGGGGUUGCCUACAAAAUCUCCAAGAAGGAAGAUGAAGAAAUUGCACUAACGCAUUUAGAAGUAAGGGAGAAGCAAUAUGACAAGAAGGCUUACCUUGAUUUUUUCACUGAAUCUAUGGCUACUACUCCAGCUAUUUCAGGAGUAAUGGUAUACAUUGCCUCUCCAGACAAGAAAACCAACGUGAACUAUUUGGGGCCCGCAUCCAUCGAGGAGAUCGCUAAACAAAUUGUUCAAGCUGAAGGCCCCUCAGGACCCAAUAGGGACUACCUUUUUCAGCUUGAAAAAGCUCUUCUCCAAUUUGGCAAGUUCUUUCAAGUCCUCUUGAAUUAAUAAAUUUCAAGUUGCAAAGACAAACAUGUAAUAGAUCUUGCUGGUGAAGUGAGACGUAUACUUGCGGAGACGGAGCUGACUUCCUCAUAAUCCUAUGCAAAGCAGGCAAACUAUUUUGACAAGUUCUCAAAACUUUUGAAAGUUAUUGGGUUUUGAGAAACAAUUGUGGAACUAGGUGAUGCAAGCCUUUUCUGUUAAAUUUUAAGGGCAUUCUUGCUCGUAGCAAGACGUGUCAGCUAGCAAGAAUAGACUCCAGGAAAAUUAUUUUAGGGAUGGACAUUUUCCUUUCUUGUCUUUUAUUUUUGUUUUCUGUAAGGUUCACCAUCCCUUAUCUAUGGACUGAAAAAUGUAUCUGCUGGUAGGAAUUUUUUCCAAGUCAGUAUAAAAAUCAAAGUAGACUUGGAAGUAGAAAGUCUUAACUAUUGAAAUAUAUACGUGCAAAUUUGUAGACUGAAUAUUUUUCAUGACUUUGAAUAAUAUCUAUCUAAAUAUUUAUUGGUCUUUGAAA